AUGGCUUCCCAUUAUCACAGUAACCACUACAAGUGCAAGAAUGCAUCAUUCGAUGAUGUUAUCUUCACGGUGGCCACCCUCUUGUGUUUCUUCCACUCAGCACUAUCUGAUCCAAGAAUCUCAACAGUGGGGUACUACUGUGGCACUCACAAGGCACCAACAAGUGGUAACUACUUCCCCAUGUUCACCAAAGAAAUGGAAAAGCUUCAAGAGCUUGUGAGCAAAAACAACUGGGGCACUCACUCUGAGGGCGUAUCAUCAGCCACUCCCCUUUAUGGUUUGGCACAGUGCUUCCAAGACCUUUCCAACAUUGAUUGCCUUCAGUGCUUUGCAGCCAGCCGCACCAAGCUCCCUCGCUGCCUCCCUUCAGUUUCUGCUCACAUUUUCCUUGAUGGCUGCUUUCUUCGUUAUGACAACUAUAGUUUCUACACCGAGGACACUGAACCUGUGAGGGACACAGUCAACUGCACCACACAGUAUGGUCCUGUGGCUGGUGAGGCUGAGAGGUUGGUGUUUGGUGAUAGUGUUGGCAAAGUGGUUGAGAGUGUGGUGAGGGUGGCAGUGAAUGAGGGAAGAGGGUUUGCAGUGGGAGAAGGUGAGGGAGUUUAUGCCUUGGCACAGUGCUGGAAAACUGUUCGGGGAAAAGGGUGUAGUGAUUGCUUGAGGAAAGCUGGAAAUGAGGUCAGAAGGUGUUUGCCUAAGAGGGAAGGGAGGGCCUUGAAUUCUGGCUGUUAUUUGAGAUAUUCAACUUUUAAGUUCUACAAUCAAGGAGGUGAAGAUGGGGAAGGAGAUGAUUCUUCUAGAAAACGAACCAUCAAAGCAGCAGUGUCAGUCUCGGCUGCAGCUGUUGCAGCUCUCUCUCUCUUGGCCUCUUAUGUGGCCUUCACCAAAAUGAGAAAAAAAAACAAUCUCAUUGAGAUUCCCUCUUACUUGAAGAAUUCUAGCUUGAAUUACAAAUAUGAAACUCUUGAGAAGGCCACAGAUUAUUUCUGCUCUUCAAGAAAAAUAGGCCAAGGAGGAACAGGUUCUGUAUUCAAAGGGACUCUCCCAAAUGGGAAAGAUGUUGCUGUUAAGAGAUUGGUCUUCAAUAGCAGGCAAUGGGUGGAUGAUUUCUUCAAUGAAGUGAAUUUAAUCAGUGGAAUGAAUCACAAGAACCUUGUCAAGCUAUUGGGUUGCAGCAUUGAAGGCCCUGAGAGCCUCCUUGUGUAUGAGUACCUACCCAACAAGAGCUUAGACCAUUUCCUUUUUGAAAAGGAAAAAACAAGGAUUCUAAAAUGGAAGCAACGGUUUGAAAUAAUUCUUGGAGUUGCAGAAGGGCUUGCAUAUCUUCAUGGAGGCUCAGUAAUAAGAAUCAUCCAUAGAGACAUCAAAAGUAGCAAUGUUCUUCUUGAUGAGAAUCUCAACCCCAAGAUUGCAGAUUUUGGUCUUGCCCGGUGUUUUGGUGCUGACAAAACACAUCUAAGCACAGGAAUUGCAGGAACACUAGGUUACAUGGCUCCUGAGUAUCUCAUUCAAGGACAACUUACAGACAAAGCAGAUGUGUAUAGUUAUGGAGUCCUUGUUCUGGAGAUUGCAAGUGGCAGGAAGAAUAAUAUCUUCCGUGAGGAUUCUGGUUCCCUUUUGCAAACAGUUUGGAAACUUUACCAAUCAAACAGAUUGGGUGAAGCUGUUGAUCCAUGUUUGGGAGAUGACUUUCCUGCAAGAGAAGCAUUCAGGGUGUUUCAAAUUGGAUUACUAUGCACACAAGCUUCUGCUUCUCUUAGGCCUUCCAUGGCUCAAGUUGCAUGCAUGUUAAGCAAUUCAAAUUUGGAUGUCCCUAUUCCAAAACAACCCCCAUUUUUGAACUCUAGAUUGCUAAAUCAAACAGCUCCAUUAGGUUUCAGCAUAGAUAGCUCCUCAUCAAACACAUUCAAAAUGAUUGAUGUGUCCCACAAUCCCUCUGAGUCCUCAAGUACAUGCAGCUUGAUUAGGCCAUCAAGAAGUGAAGAAACAAUUUUGGAAGUUUGA